GCUUAUUUAAAUAAAUAUGAUUGCAGAGAUCUAAAAAAAUAGUAAAUAAGUAUUAGAACUAUAUCAUAAAUAAAUUUUUAGAUUUUCAAAGAGGAAAUAAUUAAUAAGUAUUCUCUUUCGUUAUGAAAUUAAAUGAAGAAAGUAAAAUUUAAGUAGAAAUAUGUUGAAUUAAGAUUAUAAAAUAAACUAAUAGGGUACUUCAACUAAAAGAAAAUGGAGAAAAGAGUAGAGAUUCAAAAUUCAUAGGCUCCAAAUGAAUUUAGUGAUUAUGAUUUUUCAAUUUGGUUUCAUUUAAUAAUUUGAGCUGGUAAAGAGAAGAGAAAUAUUAAAGGAGAG